AUGUACCAAAAAGAAACCCAAGACGAACAGCCUCGUCCACCCUGCGAAUUCACAACCCCAUGCCCUGCAACCGACGACGGGAAAACCAACAACCCGCGCCGGAAAGUCAUCUCCCAUAUCUUCGGCCGCAAUAAGUACGCCACGAAGCGGUUCCCGGACCAUGUGUGGGUGCAUUACUGUCGACAGCAUUACCAGCGCGCGCGGUAUCGGGUCGAGUGGCCGGUGACGCAGUGCGAGUUGUUGAUGGUUGUGCUUGGGCGCAUGGAGAGGUGGGGUGGAGUGUCCGGGUGGGAGGUUGUGUUGAGGAAGAGAGAGGUGCAGAGGUUGAAAGGGGAGGAUGGAGGAGAGGAGGUUAUUUCUGCCGCGGCUACUACUACUGGUGCUGGGGAUCGGUAUUCUGGGGGUUGUUGUAAGGAUUAUAGGGAAGGUGAAGACGGGGACGAGUCGGAUCCUACUACUACGCCCUCGUCUGGUUCGGGCUCGUCGUCUGCCUCUUCUGGGUUUACUCCUGUGGGGGGCCAUGGCGUGCAGGACCAAUGUGGCAGGCGCAGGAAACCAACCAUUGUGGCUUCGCCUGUGCCCGGCUGGCUUCUGAGGGAGGUUGGUCGGGAUAAGUCUUUUGCGGAUUUGCGCGGCCUGGUCCGUCGGGUGCGCGAGGAUAUGGAUUCUCUGCGCGGACGGGGCGUGCCGGCUCGUCGGAUCGUGUUUCCGGAUAUUGAGCUUUUACCAACGUUUCAGUCUUGGGUCUUGCUCCGGCGACGAAGAGGCGGGGUGUGA